AUGGUCAUAAAAUAUGAUGGUAGAUUUGGACAGAUUUGUUUAAUUGAAUAUACUGGAACUUAUAAAUUUCAGGUACUGAAGUGA